GCCAGCUGAUUGAAGCGAUAAAGUUUGGCUUGUUCUUCCGACCUUGCCAUCCCGUUAAAAGUACAGAGAACGCCAACCGAAUUUCCUCGCUAUUUUAAUAUGUAAGUUCUCACGUUGUUAAUUUGGGUUUUUAAUAGGGUUUAUGAGCGCCAACUUGCUUGCAAACGCAUGCUAACAUGGCCGAGCACGACGCCACCUCGUCUCGUUGAAGCCAAGAGAAAUAUUUUUUUUUACUCCGUCCGCUCUUUUUGCUUGUUCGAUAUGUCACUUAUAUGAACGUUUACCCGGUAAUGUCAUGAUUUUACGCCAGUCGUCCCACUGACUUCGGCCAAUGGAGGAGCAGCAGCAGCUCCUCGAGUCGGCUAAAAACGGGAGUCUCUCUCAUGUCCAGAGGCUCCUUCAGUCCAGGAUUAAACAAAACUCUUCACUGAACAUCAACUGUCGCUCAACUUCCAAAGGCACCGCGGGAUGGACACCUCUUCACAUGGCUUGUUACCAUGGGAACACGGAUGUUGUGGAGGAGCUGCUAAAGGAAGGUGCUAAUGUGAAUGUGCAAGAUAACAUGGGUGAUACACCACUACACAAAGCAUCCUGCACAGGAAGGAAGGAGAUCGUUCUGUUGCUGCUGCGUUAUGAUGCCUUUGCGAGCGUAAUCAAUGGAACUGGACAGAUCCCAAAGGAUGUCACAGAUGAUGAUGAAAUAAUUACCAUGCUGGAGGCUGCGGAGAGAAGAGAGGCGAGGAGACGGGAGGAGAGACUUCUGGAAGCUGCCAGAGAGGGAGACAUCUCCUCUCUGUCCAAGCUGCUCAGUGGAAAGGAGGCUGCGGAUGUUCACUGCAAGGAUUCGGUGGGGAACACGCCCUUGCACUGUGCUGCCUAUAGAGGGCACAAGCAGUGCAUAAUAAAACUGCUCAAAUGUGGCGCCUGCCCGACUAUCAGAAAUAACAAAGAACAGACACCGUUGGACCUGGUACGCAAUGAUGAACUCAAGCAGAUCCUAACUGCCCAUCAACACAAGGAUGCAAGCAGCCGACUGAAGAAGAUUGAAGGCCCUCUCUGGAAGAAUUCACGGUUUCUUGGGUGGCGUCUCAACUGGGUGGUAAUUGAGGAUGGAACAGUCUCCUGGUACCACAGACAGGCUGAAUCAGUUGCCGGAGUAAGAAAACAGGGCUGUAAAUCUUUAGCACAAGCUUACUGCAUGGUCAAACCGUGGGAUCAUUGUUUCUUCAUGCUCAGGUGUGCUGAUGAUUCUGCACUCUGUUUCAAGGUGCCCUCAAAGAUGGACUCGGUUGCAACAAGAAAAAUGUGGUUGGAUGCUUUUGAGGCACAUUCGUCUUACAGCACUCACCACUGCACCCAGCAAGAAUUCCUAGAAGAUGCGGACCCUGAGGGGGGCGACAUUGCAACCAGCGACAUAACGCAAGCUCUGCAAGCCGCCAAUACAUGCCAGCAGAAACUGGAGAAUGAGGUGUCCAUUUUCCUAUCUAUGGUGAAGAAUGAGAACUGUGGCCUGGCUGCACCCCUUCUACUCAAAGCUAAAGAGACCAGCGAGCUCUCCAGUGAAACAAGUGCUGCUCUCCAGCUCUGCCUUCAGCUGUUGUCCAGUCAAGAGGAGGUUUGGUCCCUGAAGUUGGAGCAGGAAGUGGAGAAGAACAAGGCUCUAACAGAGGCGCUGCAGACCAUAGCGACUGAGCACCACAAGCUCAAACAGUCUUUGUGCAGAAGCAGGAGGUCGUCCACUCUCAGCACACUCACGGAAGAUGAAUUCUAUGAUGCUUUAUCAGAGUCGGAGUCCGAGUUGUCUGUGAGCGGCUUCUUGUCAGUGGCCAGCAACUCUUGGGAAGAGGACGAGGUGAGCGACGCCCCCCUUCUCAGCAGCCUCUGCCAUCCCAGCACGCUCAGGGGGGCUGCCGGAAUGUCAGGGGAGGGUAACCAAGGCAACCAGAACAAUGCCGCCAAGAAGCACAGAACAUCUCUGCCGGCGCCAAUGUUCCCCCGAAAUGACGUCAGCAUCUGGAGCAUCUUGAAAAAGUGCAUUGGCAUGGAGCUGUCCAAGAUUGCCAUGCCAGUGAUAUUUAACGAGCCUCUGAGUUUCCUCCAGCGAAUAACUGAGUACAUGGCGCACACCUACCUCAUCCACCAAGCCAAUGCCACCACAGACUCUGUGGAAAGGAUGAAGUGUGUUGCAGCAUUUGCCGUGUCCGCCGUAGCGUCACAGUGGGAAAGGACUGGGAAACCCUUCAACCCUCUACUGGGUGAGACGUACGAGCUCAUCAGAGACGAUUUGGGCUUCAAGUGGGUGUCGGAGCAAGUGAGCCACCACCCUCCAGUCAGUGCCUUCCAUGCCGAGGGCCUCAAGGAGGAUUUCGUCUUCCACGGCUCCAUCUACCCUAAACUCAAGUUUUGGGGUAAGAGCAUAGAAGCGGAGCCCAAAGGAAUCAUCACACUGGAGCUUCCCAAAUACAAUGAAGCCUACACCUGGACUAACCCCACCUGCUGCGUACACAACAUCAUUGUGGGCCAGCUUUGGAUCGAGCAGUACGGCAGCAUGGAGGUUGUCAAUCACAAGACUGGAGAGCGAUGCAGCAUAACCUUCAAACCCUGUGGUCUCUUUGGCAAAGAGCUCCACAAAGUGGAGGGAUACAUUGUAGAUAAAAGCAAGAAGAAGCAGUGCGCCAUCUACGGCAAGUGGACUGAGUGCUUAUACACAGUUGACCCCGCCACAUUCGACGGCCACAAAAAGUCAGGCAAAAAAACUUUGGAGGAGAAAAAGGCAUUCAAACAGAGUAGCAUGGAUGAAGAAGCUGAGGAAAUGCCUCCACCUGAGGCCGAGACGGUCCAGGUCAUUCCGGGAAGUGAGCUCAUCUGGAAGAUCACGCCUCGGCCUGAUAACUCGGCCAAGGUCAGAGUUUGGAAUGAUCUAUUGUCUCUCUCCUCACCCCACUACUGUACUCUCUCUCCUUUGCAGUUUUAUGCCUUCUCCACGUUUGCCAUGCAGCUGAACGAGCUGGACAAGAGGGUGGAUGGCGUGCUGCCGUCCACGGAUAGUCGCCUCAGACCUGACAUACGUGCUAUGGAGAAUGGCGAUAUCGAUGUAGCCAGUUCGGAGAAGAAGCGACUGGAGGAAAAACAGAGAAUGGCCCGCAAGCAUCGUAGCAAGUCCACAGAUGAAUGGAAAACGAGGUGGUUUCAGCAAGGACCCAACCCACACACCAAAGCUCAAGACUGGCUCUGCUUGAAAGGCUACUGGGACAGGAAGUAUAGCCAGCUGCCUGACAUCUACUAGAACGAUGGAUACACAGCUAAGACCCAUUUCUACUCACUUUUGGAAAUGUUUUAGAUGUUUGGUGAAUGCAUAGUUUUACUGUGUGUAGUUAAAAGAUUUAGUAUUGUAAUAAAAGUAGUAAGAUAAUGAAAUUGGCUGGAUCAAAAUAUUUUUCAUAUGUGUAUAGAGUAGAGUGGAGCACAUACAGGACUGUGACUCGAUGUAGCAUAUAUUUUUUACAACAAGUUCAAUAUGAUUGUAUAUUCCUAGCAAUAGAUGCAUUCAUUUGGGAUGCAUGCAUGUCAAUAACUAUGCAAGUCUCACCACCACCUCCAACACCCUCUUCAUGCGAGUAGCUGGUAGACUCUCUUCCACCCCCACAUUAUAAUUAUUUUAGGAUCUAGACUUUACAAUUCUAAAGUUGUUAAAUUAGAAUUGGUUUUGCUUGCUUGGAUUAAAAACUGCAUGAUGGAUCAUCUUUAUCUUCAGUGGCUUCUUUAACAACAAGAUUUUAGCAGCACAGAAUUUCAAACUGAUUUAUUUCACCGGUGUCUAAUAAAACCAAAUUCAAUAUUUUCAACAUAGAACAUAAAGAGGAAUUAGUUUACAUCAAAAACGUACCCCUGUGCCUGUGUGAACCAUCAAAGGUUGGCACAUAUACAGUACAUAAGAAAUACGUGCAAAACAUUUUGGGGGGGGAGUCACGUUUAAAAAUGUGCAGUGUAAUACUCCUACCUGCAGAUUAGCAAAGGCAACCACAGAGAUGUGCUCCCUUUUGGCUCAGAAAACCAACAGACUUUAAAAUGUAACAUUUUGGGGGGGUCUAUCUACCCCCAUUAUUGCUGAUUGUGUCUGGGCUGAGCUGCAGCUCUCAUGGAGGCAAGAGCGGAGUGGAUGCGAACAUGAAGCCUGUUCUCAAAGUCAUAGCCUGCAUAGUCCUCCUGCAAAAGAAAACAGUUCUAAACUAGCACUAGCAUGUGUGUUAGCCUUCUUGCGUUCAACAACUAUACUCUGAUACCUUUGCCUGAAGCAUCAAUGUAUGGCCUUUAGCUGCAGACUGGAAAAACAAGUCAAAAUAUCACCCUUAGAACAUACUCGAUCAUGUGUCUGACAUCUCACAGGAAUUACCGGUAGAUGUUUACUACCUCAGGAUCGGCGAGGAGCACACAGGCCAGCUCGUAGCAGGAGUACGGCUGCACGUACGAGUUGCUCAGCAGGCCCACCUCAUCGCGUGAAGCCACAUGGAAAUACUGAAAGAACAGUGUACAAUCAGUUAGAGAUACUCUCAUUUAGCUCCUAUCAUCAUUAUUGGCUAUCUAGGAAACAUGGCAUUACCUGAAUGGCAUCUUGAGUGUUAUGGAGGCAUUUGCUCACGGCACCCAGAAGCAGGUUUUUCAGCCCCGCACAUGAGGCGUCAUCAAUAGCCCGAAGGACUAAAAACAAAAGGCUCUUACUUUUACUUGUUAUUCAUGAAAACAAUUAAAAAUAUAACUAGGGGGAGUCUAUAAGAGUAUGGGGGUACAAAAGAAUAGCACCAAAGAGGAAGGGCUAACAAAGAAUAGAUGGAUACCAAAGAGUAAAUGGCAAGGAAACUAUGAGAUCAUAUCGUAGUGGAGUACUAAAUAAUUAAAGAAUAGUGGGCUAUCAAAGAUAACACAAUGACAUAAAACAGUGUAACCAUACCAAGUAGAAUGCACCAUAGACUAGCAGGCUACCAAACCAGUGUUGCCAGCUUAGUGAUUUUUUUUUUUUUGGUGCUAAAUCUGGCACCAUUCCAAACACUUUUGUCAUAUUUUCUCUAAAGUGACUCAUGACUUUUCCUGGCGUUGUGGGAGAGUUUUUAAAAGUGAACACUGUACCUUUACUUUUGCUGAACACUCCCUGCACCUGCCUAUAAUUGCACUGACCUUUAUGUCUCGUGUAAAAAGCCACCUCAUCAAACUUGCUUAGAACGUUUACGCCCAUUUUUGCUUAGUUCUCAUUUUAACCGCAUAUGUCUUAUAUUCUGCAGUUUUAUGGCACUGAUUGCAUUGCUUGCUCCACUGUAAAUAUAAUGUAUUGUGCUU